AUGCCGUGCGGCCAGCUGGACAAGCGGCGAGGCGGCCACCGCUGCUCCUCGUGCCGGAGGAGCCACAUGAAGUGUGAUGGAAAUAGUCCAUGCUCCUUCUGCCGCCGGAAUGGCCUUGAGUGUAGCUUUCCCAAGCGCUCGAGAGACGUCCAGAUUGUGCGCGUCUUCCAGUCCCCGUAUGCCAGCACGCCAUCAAAGCCAGCAGCAGCGCUCACCAACGAAUCCUGGUCUUUCAUAAACCGCUUCUUCGAGGCUACGGGGAAACUGCCUCAGAGCCAGGUCCUCCGCAGCCCCGAUGUGAUUAUGCUGAGCCAAUCAGACGAACUAGUCAACAAGACAGUCAGUGUCGUCGGACAGGUGUUUUCAUCCAAGAGUGCUACGCACACAUUGGAGACUAAGGAGCGCAAUCAGUUGAGAAGGCUUGUUGCUGCGCAAAAGAGAGUCCUCACGCAGCGGAUGUCUCGGCCGUACUCACAGAACACAACCGUUUUAUUGUUAUGCAGUUUACUACUUGCCAUACCUGAUCUUCUCCUAAAUCCGACUGCCGAGAGCUGGCGGUUAUGGAUAAUACACGUGCGAAACUUGGCAAAAUACCUAGUCGAGGAAGGCAGAGACUUUUCACAACUGGAUGGAGAGCUCAUGAGAUUCUUCCAACUCAACGAUCUUCUUGGAUCCAUCCCAUUUCUACAGAAGCCCGUCGGGCAGGACUUUGCUGCUAGGUUACAGAAAGAAGCUGCCACAAGUGAUAAGCCUAGCGAUCCAGCAUCGGGGAGGCCCAACCACGUUCUGUCCCUCAUGUGGAGAUGGGCCGUCUUACAAGAACGUUUACACCAAUGGGACUUGCUAUCUGCUGAUCCCGACAACAGGGACCCCAAUCACGGGGUGGAAGGUAUCGAAAUCAUUUGCGAGGCCUCUAGUCUCCAAGCAAGCAUGCUUCAGGCACUCCUCUCCAACUCCGUUCCUCCCACCACACACGACGACUCAUACAGCCAGUACAUGCGCUGGGCUCUGAUCUGCCUAUCGCAACAGCUCCAAACGAGUGCUCUGGCCUCACUCGAAUGUGAGCUUCCCGUAAUGACGCAAGAAUGUCUUCACGAACAGGUCAUCUCUCUGAUGGAAGGAAUCGAAUCUCUCACCGCUCAGUCUUUGUUGGAUGUGGCGUUCUUCCUCCCUCUAGCGGAGGCGGUGGCGCCGGUUAUGGAAGUACAGGAUGACCGUACGAGAUUGAUCGGUUUCCUGGAUACAGUAAAGCAGAGGGGUUUUGGUGUUGCCGACGAGUAUCGCCGGGAAAUCCUCGAAGAGUGGCAAGAGGCUUCCGUUACCGAUUCUUCUACCUACAGCUCCUCUCCAGUUCAAUAA